GCGAGCAGCAGCGUGCGCGUGCGCAGUGACGCUGGCAGCGUCAGCGCUGCUGAUCCGAGAUUCCGCAGCGCGGGAGGCGCUGAGGCUGCCGGGAAGAGCAGGCGAUCCGGGAGCGUGGACGCACACGAGGCAGCUCGCGGCGCCUGGCCGCACAGGCCCGCUGAAGAUGUCGUACAUGCUCCCGCAUCUGCACAAUGGCUGGCAGGUAGACCAGGCCAUUCUCUCGGAGGAGGACCGCGUGGUCGUCAUUCGUUUCGGGCAUGACUGGGACCCCACCUGCAUGAAGAUGGACGAGGUUCUGUACAGCAUCGCCGAAAAGGUUAAAAAUUUUGCAGUUAUUUAUCUUGUGGAUAUUACAGAAGUACCUGACUUCAACAAAAUGUAUGAGUUAUAUGACCCAUGCACUGUCAUGUUUUUCUUCAGAAACAAGCACAUCAUGAUUGACUUGGGCACUGGCAACAAUAACAAGAUCAACUGGGCCAUGGAAGACAAGCAAGAGAUGGUUGACAUCAUAGAGACCGUGUACCGUGGUGCCCGCAAAGGCCGGGGUCUGGUGGUGUCUCCCAAGGACUACUCAACAAAAUACAGAUACUGAGCACUGCCCUCAUCCUCAGGCCAAGGAUGCUGGGAACCUCUUCCACAUGGAAAUACUCAGUUCUUCAUGGCCAUUGGGAUGGGUGUGCAGUAGAAUGUGAGACUCCAGGCCUAGAGGAUCUUUGAGAUAAGGGUUAUAGGGCCUUAACUUGCUGUAGCAAAUAAACAUAUUCUGAAGGAACAGUA